CGUACCGCGCAUCAGCAAACAGCCGCGAGUAGCAGAUCAUUCCAGCAAUGCCAUCCUGUGCCGUCCCAACCUGUGCCGGCGAGGACAGCCGGCUGGUUCCGUUCCCGCAGCACAGUACGCUCAAAAUCCGAUGGAUACGGGCCAUCGUCGCCGGUACCGGGCUGGAUCUUCCGGCGCGCCACCUGGGCAGGGUAUGCUCGUGGCACUUUUCCGACAAAUCUUCUGGGUACGCGGAACCGGUCCGGUUUCAGCACCAAACCGGGACGAUUGUCACCGUGUCGAGUUGCCGGUUCUGCCAGCGAUUCGAUGACCACGCCGAAAUGGUACCGAGGGAUCGACUGUUGAAGAACGCAGACUUGGCGUUUGUGGUGCGGGAGGUCUUGAAGGUGACGUUCUCCGAUGAUGACCUGCUGGUGGACAUUUGCAAGCGGUGCAACGCUCGGUUGAACUCGUUGGCUCAAUGGAUCGACGAGUGCGGGAAGAAAGAGUCCGAAUACCGGGCGUUCGAGGUGGCGGCUAAAGGGAGUACGACUAGGAUUAAGAAAGACACCAGGAUUGGCGAUAUUCAGCCAAUGGUGGACGUCGAGAUAGAUACGGAGUCGACAGUGGAUCCAUUGAUUCUGGCUUCUGAUGAAGCUUACGAGGGUGAAAUAAUAGAGGAAGAAAUCAUCAUGCCAGAACCUAUGAUGUUAAAGGUUGAAGAAGACGAACAGGAACCAGUUAAUGAACCAAUCGAAAUUACACUGCAAACACCCAACCAUCCCGCCAAACGAGGUCGUCCCAAAAGCGAUCCACCCACGGAGCCUCCCGCCCAGAAGCUCAAAUUCCGCGACGUCCUCAGCCGCAAGUGCUACAUCUGCAAUACGCUGCUCGAAACUCACGAGGACAUGGCCGCGCACCUUACCACCGACCACACGGAUCGUUCCACCUUUCACUGCACCGACUGUAAUCAAUCCUUCAAGGUGGUCACCGCCUUCAAUCGACACCUCGGGUUCCACGACCAGGAGCAUCGCCCGCUCAAGUGCCACUUCUGUCCGAUGGGCUUCAAGGACGCGUACAGCUUGCAACGGCACGAAAACCGCCACCACGGAACCGACCACCAAAUCAAGAAGAAACAACCACCUCAGGAAAGGAAGUUCCAGUGUGCGUCCUGUGAGAAAACGUUCCGCACGAACUACGACCUCGUGGACCACGAUCGGUUCGUGCAUCAGAAGCUUCCCGGAGCGACCUGCAAGCUGUGUGGGAAGCACUUCCGCAAUCGAGCGUCUCUUAGGAAGCACCACCUGGUGCACACCGGAGACAAGCCGUACGACUGUGAGCACUGCGAUGCUGCGUUCAAGAGCACGUGGCAUCUGAUUAACCACGUGGCGAGGUUUCAUGGAGGGCCGCAGGGUGAGAAGGCGACCGGGGAGGAUUCGCAAGAAGAGGAAGAGGAUACUUUGUGAUCACCGAAAUACCUAUGGUUAUA